CACCUGCUGCAGUCUGAGAAGCAGGAAGUUCCUCCCACUGUCACACACAGACGACUGUGAGAGAAAACGAGACUGAAUCCUAUCAGUGUUCGUGGUAAAAUGGCAGAAGCCAGAGUUGCAGUGGAUGUAAAUGAGUUAAGUUGUGCAAUCUGUCUAGAUCUACUAAAGGAUCCAGUAACUAUUCCCUGUGGACAUAGUUACUGUAUGAGCUGCAUUAAGAGCUGCUGGGAUCAGGAAGAUCAUGCUGGAGUUUACAGCUGCCCCCAGUGCAGACAGACCUUCAUACCCAGACCUGUUCUGGGCAGAAACACCAUGCUGGCUGAAGUGGUGGAGAAACUGAAGAAGACUGGACUACAAGCAGCUGCUCCUGCUGACCAGUAUGCUGGACCUGGAGAUGUGGAGUGUGACGUCUGUACUGGGAAGAAGUCCUGCCUGGUGUGUCUGGCCUCCUACUGUGAAACUGACCUGCAGCUUCACAACAAACUCCACCAUGCAAAACAGCACAAGCUCAUUGAUGCCAUCGGCCAUCUGAAGGACAAGGUCUGUUCCCACCAUGACAAACCGCUGGAGGUCUACUGCCGUACCGACCAGCAGUGUAUCUGUUAUCUCUGUACGAUGGAUGAACACAGAGGCCAUGAUACAGUCUCAGCUGCUACAGGAAGGGCGGAGAUACAGAAACAAAUGGGUGAAAAACAGAGGGAAUUUCAGCAGAGAAUUCAGAUGAGAGAGAAGGAACUGCAGGAGCUGAGAGAGGCUGUGGCCUCAUUCACAAGCUCAGCACAGUCAGCAGUGGAGGACAGCGAGAGGAUCUUCACUGAGAUGAUCAGCUCCAUUGAGAGAAGACGCUCUGAGGUGACAAAGCUGAUCAGAGAUCACGAGAAGGCUGCAGUGAGUCAGGCUGAAGGAGACAUGGACAGACGGAAGCAGGAGAUUGAUGAACUGAAGAGGAGACACUCUGAGCUGGAGCAGCUUUCACACACAGAGGAUCACAUCCAUUUCCUCCAGAGGCGCCAGGCUCUUCCUGUCACUCCUGAAGCUGGAUUUGGACCCAGAAUCUCUGUCAGUCCCAGAUCUGAUUUUGGGAAUUUGAGGAAGGCGGUUUCUGAGCUGAAAGAUCAACUGGAGAAUUUUUGCAGAAUGAAAAUGGCAGAGAUCCAUCACCAGUUACCAAAGACACCGUCCUACCGGUAUUAGUGCCCAGGACCAGAGCAGAAUUCUUACACUACUCCUGCCAGCUGACGCUGGACCCCAACACAGCAAACAGCCGCCUGUCUCUGUCAGGGGGGAACAGGAAGGUGACAUGGGGGGCAGAGCAGCCAUAUCCUGAUCAUCCAGAGAGAUUUGACAGAUGGAGCCAAGUU